AUGUCUGCAGGGGGAGAACGCGUCGAGAAGUUGAUAUGCAUGGACACUCGCGGGCGCCUCUGUGUCGUGGACGUCGGCGAGGCAGACCUGGUGUGGCACCUGAAGAUGAAGAUACAGCAGACGGGGGGCGACUGGUUGCCUGGGCAUGACCCCGGCGUGGCGAAACUCCGGCACGGCGAAGUUACCGACACCAUCAGAGCCAUGACAAGCGACGACGGGAAAAUGAACACGAUGGAUGCCGUCAGCAGCCCCGCAUUCGACUUUCCGGACCGAGCCCAUUAUGUCGGCAGCAUUCAGGUGCUCAUCGACCUGGAAGACGGUUCUAUCCCCGAAGCACAGCCGCAUCUCCACCCGAGCCACGCGCUAGUGGCGGAGCGAACGGCGACGCAACUAUAUCUGCUGACUAAUUUGCGCAUGUGGGCUGGUGGGAGGUUCGCGGACACGUUGACUGAUGAGUUCAAGGAGGCCCAAAGCACUCGGGGCAACAUCCAAGUCGUGGUCGAGCAACUCGGCCAAAGUGAGGAGACACUGGAAGACGUUCAGCGAUUCACCCUCAGACCUGAAAUGUGCUGGCGGAGUUCGGCAGACGACGACUAUGCAAUCUUUAAAGUCGCGGUUCCUCCAGAGGUGCAGUUUGUCGAUGCGAGGAAUGUCUUCGUCAUUGUCUUGUCGGACAAGCGCGGCGAUCGAGGCUAG